AUGGCUGAAGUUCUCGGAGACGACGCAAUGUAUGAUUUGAACACAACCUGGUACCAGACUUUCAAGCAGACUGUGUCAGACGACAGUGAUCUGGGUGUUGGUUUGUCCAGUCCUGAAUUUGCCUCAGUCUUGAAUAAAAUCACAGAGGAAGCUUCGAAGGCCGUUUUGACGCAAUUUUUACACCGUUGGAAUAAAACAGCUGCUGCUUGGGAGAACGGAACCCUGUCGGGAUCAUCAGACUCGAGCACUGUGAUCAACCUGUCUCGUCUGCAGCCCUGCUUUGAACAGUACAGCCUCGAUUUGCAGGCGGCCAAGAUCAAGGGAUUCAACUCCAUAUUUGAGGACUUUGACCAUGCGUCCAAUGCAUACAAAACAGCUGAAAAACAAGAGAGUCAAACCAGUGGAGGAGGGAAGAACGAUGGCGUAUGUGCACGUGUACGAGUCUGGAUAAUUCAGGAGCUUGUCCUUACUAGAGACGCUUUCAACGCCCGUCUCGAAAUUGAGAACGGGGAAAGCUCGAACUUGGAACUUAUAUACGUCGAGAUCGAAAUACGACAGACAUACGGAACUGGAGAGCUGCUGAUUGACAAAUUUUCUAUUGGCUCGCCGACGUUGGUCGGUAUCACAGAUGUGGACGGAACAGGCCGGCUGUCAAAAGACAUAUCGGGUUCGGCAGAAUGGCUCAUCAUCCCUUACUCUAGCGCCGCCCCUGAGGAUGAUAUACAGUACGACAUUGGGGGGAGACUCUCGUACAGCGUCGGGGGUUCGGAAUUUUCUGUUCCGCUUCUACCAGACACAAUAACGGUGAAGCCAAAUCCCAGUUUAAUUGUUCACUAUUUCCACGAGAAGUACGUAAGGGGCGAUGACCCCAUUACUCCGGAGACUGAACCUAUUGUACCAUUUAGUCUAGCUGUGAUGGUCAUGAACAAUGGCUUUGGCGUAGCAAGGGCGUUGAAAAUAACGUCAGGUCAACCUGAGAUAAUAGAAAAUGAGAAGGGACUGCUGAUAACGUUUAAAAUAAUUGGAGCGCAGCUAGGUGACAAGGCAAUAACAUCAUCUUUGACAGUUGACUUCGGUGACAUUUCGUCCAUGACAACUAAAACAGCCAGAUGGCUACUUACAACCACCCUAAUGGGAACGUUUUACAACUUCACUGCAACAUUCAAAAACAUCAACCCCCUCGGAGACCCGCAGUUGUCCCUGAUGGACGAACUCGGGUAUCAUGAACUGAUUCACUUAGUGCGGAUUGAGAAUGUAUAUAAUGAUGAUGGCCUGGAUGACUUUUUGGUUAAUGACCUUGUAGAUGAGGAGGGUAUACCUGACCGCCUGUACAACAGUAAUGACGGGGAAGAUGUGGCUAAAGUGGAAAAAGCUAAUGCCAUGGAUGACAGUGUCAAAGAGUUUGUACGGUCUGCGACAAAAAUAUACAGAAAUUUAACAUUUAGCGUUCAAGCAAAUGCGUCGAUUUAUUUUUAUUUGAGAUUUGAAAACACUUUCUCAGAAAGCCCAUUAUUGUAUGCAGAAACCAAUAAAGACGAACGACCGCUUUUGGUAGACAAAAAUGUUUGGCUCACAUCACACAUUCUUGACAUGGAAUUGAUUCAUUUAUUGGAUAUUGUAAAAAUCAACACUACAGAUAUGAUGUCUUCUAAUUAUACAUUGACGUUCGGCCCACGAAAUAUGUAUGCACCACGUUUCAACAGUUCUGCUUAUUCGACAACUAUAUCUAGACGACUGGCAAAGGGAACCGCAAUUGUAACGAUUGAUGCGUAUGAUAUUGACAAAGAUGACUUUGACAUGUAUAUUGACACAUACAAUGCCAGUAGUUUUGUGAUUGAAAAAAUAAGUCAGACAAGCUAUGAACUAAAAAUAGCAGAUGAACUGCAUACAGGGUUUUAUACUAUCCCAGUAGUUGUGCGUGAUCAUGGCAUACCCGCCUUGGUAUCGGCGAUGAACGCAUCGAUCGAGGUGAACGACGCGGAUGCGACGGGCACUACACAUGUGCGUUCUAGUACAACUACGAUGUCCUCUGACGUCACGAAAACAACGUCAUUCUCCGGUAACACUCCUGAAAUGACAUCAAGCGUUUUAAAUCAGACUUCAACGACGGCAUCACCGAUGACUGUUUUUACAACCGCAAGUUCAAACACAACAGGUUCGACGCUAGAAACAACAGCUGUGCAAUCUUUGUCUACGGCAAAUCAUUCAGCUUUUGCAAAUAUAACCUCAGCGACGACUUCAUCGACGAAUUCACAGUUGACAGUUUCUACUAUCCCGAGUACAAACACAACAGGCUCGACAAUAAAAACAACAACAACUAUGCAAUAUACAUCAACGGAAACCCCUUCAGCUGUUUCAAACGUAACCUCAGCGUCGACUUCGACUAUCGUAAUAUCAACUGUUUCCGAUUCUUCUAAGGGAACAAUUUCAUCAACAAUAAACAUCACCACUACACCCGUUAUCAAGACAACCGAAGAAACGGACGUGGGAGAGUCGGAAGACCUUGCCACGUGGGUUAUCCCAACAGCUAUUGGCGGCGCUGUUUUUGUUUUAAUUGUUCUAUUCAUAAUUGUGUUUGCUUAUACCCUAAGAAAGAAAUCCGGUUCAGGAAACUACAGAAUGUAAAAAGGAAAUGAAGAACACGAGAGCCCAUUAAUCAAAAUUGGUAGUUAUCAUUUGUAAAGAAAGACAUGUGACUACUUCAUUUUUGUAUUCAUCCUUCGUCAAGAGCAUGCGUACUACCAACUUUAAUUUUGCAUUCAUCCUUUGUGAAGAAAGAACAUGCGUCCUACUAACUUCAUUUUGUAUUCAUCCUUCGUUAAGAAAGAACAUACGUACUACAUCUACUAACUUCAUAUUUGUAUUUAUCCUUUGUAAAGAAAGCAUGCGUACUACUAACUUCAUAUUUGUAUUCAUCCUUUGUAAAGAAAGAGCAUGCGUACUACUAACUUCAUAUUUGUAUUCAUCCUUUGUAAAGAAAGAACACGCGUACUACUAACUUCAUAUUUGUAUUCAUCCUUUGUAAAGAAAGAACACGCGUACUACUAACUUCAUAUUUGUAUUCAUCCUUUGUAAAGAAAGAACAUGCGUACUACUAACUUCAUAUUUGUAUUCAUCCUUUGUAAAGAAAGCAUGCGUACUACUUACUUCAUAUUUGUAUUCAUCCUUUGUAAAGAAAGCAUGCGUACUACUAACUUCAUUUUGUAUUCAACCUUUGUAAAGAAAGAACAUGCGUACUACUAACUUCAUAUUUGUAUUCAUCCUUUGUAAAGAAAGCAUGCUUACUACUUACUUCAUAUUUGUAUUCAUCCUUUGUAAAGAAAGAACAUGCGUACUACUAACUUCAUAUUUGUAUUCAUCCUUUGUAAAGAAAGAACAUGCGUACUACUAACUUCAUUUUGUAUUCAUCCUUUGUAAAGAAAGAACACGCGUACUACUAACUUCAUUUUGUAUUCAUCCUUUGUAAAGAAAGAACAUGCGUACUACUAACUUCAUAUUUGUAUUCAUCCUUUGUAAAGAAAGAACAUGCGUACUACUAACUUCAUUUUGUAUUCAUCCUUUGUAAAGAAAGAACAUGCGUACUACUUACUUCAUAUUUGUAUUCAUCCUUUGUAAAGAAAGCAUGCGUACUACUAACUUCAUUUUGUAUUCAACCUUCGUAAAGAAAGAGCAUGCGUACUACUAACUUCAUUUUCGUAUUCAUCUUUCGUAAAGAAAGAACAUGCGUCCUACUAACUUCAUUUUCGUAUUCAUCCUUCGUGAAGAAAGAACAUGCGUCCUACUAACUUCAUUUUCGUAUUCAUCCUUCGCGAAGAAAGAACAUGCGUCCUACUAACUUCAUUUUCGUAUUCAUCCUUCGUAAAGAAAGAACAUGCGUCCUACUAACUUCAUUUUCAUAUUCAUCCUUCGUGAAGAAAGAACAUGCGUCCUACUAAUUUCAUUUUCGUAUUCAUCCUUCGUGAAGGAAGAACAUGCGUCCUACUAACUUCAUUUUCGUAUUCAUCCUUCGUGAAGAAAGAACAUGCGUCCUACUAACUUCAUUUUUGUAUUCAUCCUUCGUGAAGAAAGAACAUGCGCCCUACUAACUUCAUUUUCGUAUUCAUCCUUCGUGAAGAAAGAACAUGCGCCCUACUAACUUCAUUUUCGUAUUCAUCCUUCGUGAAGAAAGAACAUGCGUCCUACUAACUUCUUUUUCGUAUUCACCCUUCGUGAAGAAAGAACAUGCGUCCUACUAACUUCAUUUUCGUAUUCAUCCUUCGUGAAGAAAGAACAUGCGUCCUACUAACUUCAUUUUCGUUUUCAUCCUUCGUGAAGAAAGAACAUGCGUCCUACUAACUUCAUUUUCGUAUUCAUCCUUCGUGAAGAAAGAACAUGCGUCCUACUAACUUCAUUUUUUUGUUUGUAUCCUUCAUAAAGGAAAAACGUGUGUGCCAUUAGGUCCACGUUUUGAAUUGCCACUACCUCCUUGUUUGUAUUCGUCACUCGUGAAUGUGGGUAAAUAAAUGUUUUGUUGAUUACUAAUGAUACAGUUUUAAAACACAAUGUAGAAUUUUCAAUUUUCUAUUGUGCUUAUAUACAUUUUGUUAAUAAUUUCUUAGUUUUUAUUUGAAAAGAUUUAACAGAAAAAUAUCAUACUUUUGUGGGUUUUUUAACUCCAAAAAUAAUAAUCUAAAUGAUAUGGUCGGUAGAUAAUGGAACUCAUUUAAAAAUGUUUUUCAAGUACUUCUUAAUUAAGGUGUAUAUUUUUCUAUCUGUUAUUGUUACUGCUGAACUAUGUGUUCUGUACUUUACACAUGCAAGUAAAAAUAAAGCUGUUACGUAUUUCGUACGAACACAUGGAUGAUUACACCGUCAGCUUAUUACAAUAAGAUUGAUGUCAGAUACUUUGAAAAUAAAUAUAUAAAUAUUAA